GUCACACUCAAGCGCGAGUGAGCGAAAAAGUCGCUUGCUAAGCGACCCUCCUACACCUGUAACGACUAUGCAAGCAUUGCAGCGGUCGGUGCCGAGCGCGCGUGCAGGUGCUCGCGCUGUGCGUCCUGCGCGUAAGAUGGUGACUUGCACAGCUGCAUCUCGCCCAAUCCCCCGAGCCACCAACGAACAGAAGCUUGACUUGCUAAAGAAAGUGGAAUGCUUCAUCUUCGACUGUGAUGGUGUGAUCUGGCUGGGCGAUAAGGUCAUUGAUGGGGUCCCGGAGACGCUUGACAUGCUGCGCGGAAUGGGCAAGAAGGUGUUCUUUGUGACCAACAACUCCACCAAGUCAAGGGCGGGCUACAUGUCAAAGUUCCAAUCUCUGGGCCUGGAUGUCAAGGCGGAGGAGAUCUACUCAUCGUCGUACGCCGCAGCAGCCUACCUGGAGUCCAUCAACUUCCAGAAGAAGGUUUAUGUGAUCGGCGAGACGGGCAUUCUUGAGGAGCUGGACAUGAAGGGUAUUCGUCACCUUGGCGGUCCCUCCGAUGCGGACAAGAGGGUCACCUUGCGGAGUGGCGAGUUUAUGGAACAUGACCAUGAUGUGGGUGCCGUGGUGGUUGGUUUCGACCGUUACAUCAACUACUACAAGAUCCAGUACGCCACGUUGUGCAUUCGCGAGAACCCCGGCUGCCUCUUCAUCGCCACCAAUCGAGACGCAGUGACCCACCUGACGGAUGCGCAAGAGUGGGCGGGCAAUGGCUCGAUGGUGGGUGCAAUUGUGGGUUCCACCAAGCGCGAGCCGACUGUGGUAGGCAAGCCGUCUGACUUCAUGUUGAAGAACAUCUCCGCCAGUUUGGGGUUGCGACCCGACCAGAUCUGCAUGGUCGGCGACAGGCUGGACACGGACAUCAUGUUUGGCAAGAACGGCGGCCUCACCACCUCCCUGGUGCUGUCCGGUGUGACGACGGAGGAGGUGCUGAAUUCUCCGGAGAACAAGGUCAUUCCAGAUUAUGUCCUCUCGAAGCUUCCUGAUCUGUUGACGGUUAAGGAGGUAGCUAUGGUGGCCGCAUGAGAGAUGGUGGUGGUGAUCUUGGGGGGAGGAAGAGGACGGGCCGAAGGAGAACGAACGGAAUGUCUUCUCUCUCGUUGUGACGCGCGAAAGGGAGGAGAUUUGAUGAAGUGCCUGAGAGGGCGGUGACGUGGGGAGAAGUCAAUCAUGCGUUAAAAUGUGUUAUAACUACAAAAGCUAGAAGCGUUUCUUGCUACCUGCGGCCGUGGUGCUGGCCGUGUUAUGACACUGUUUAUUUCUCGGUGAAGCUUUACAGGAAGUUUUGUGGAGAAGUGUGCAGCUAAUGUUGUUGUGGUUUUUAGCGGAGAGGGAGCUAUGUCGUGUGCGUUCAGGGAAAAGAGAGGGGCAUUGCUGCCGGAGCGUUGUAUUACUAGAAAACCUGGCCGACAUGUGUAUCUGGCCGUCCCUUUGGGAUCGGUGCGCGCUGAUGCGAUUUUCCUUUCCAAGGCAUCACGCAGAGAGUUAAUUUUUGGGUUGCGCGUAGGAUAUUGCUUUGUUGGAUGUGGGUCGUGCAUCUCGGGAGUUCUUUUACAAGACAAAGAUCACGGAAACAUACACAUGUUUCCAGCACGCCGUAGCCAUGCACGUAGUAAGGCUGCCUGGUUCGUUAAGCCUGUAAACACGACGCAUCUACAAUCAAGCGCGCAUACUCGCACGCCCUUAAACGAAGAGGGAUGCGUAUGUGCGUGAGGCAACCCUUUCGAAAGGGGCAGACAGCCACAGUCGUACCCUUUCCACCCUCCAUGACAGAAAGUUGUCCCGCCGGUCCGCCGAAUAUGAUCCUCAUAGCCUUGUCAAGUCCUCUGCGACUUGCGGAUACGCCAUGUGUCAAACUUUCAUAGAGGCAAUGCAUUACACAGGCUUUGAUGGCGGCAAUCUGUUCUCUUGACGCCACGGGUCGUAUCCAACUUCCUUCAUCACAGUCCUCAUCUCCAUUUCGCCAGCCUUCUGUUCGAUUAGGCGUGCGACAUCCUCCACCGACAAUUCCUUCGUUUGCACGCGCCGCUGUUCAUUAUCAGUAAAGGUUAAGUCCACGAAGGCGCGACCAGGAGGAGCAUCCUCAUCGACCUUGAACUCCACUACACAGGCGGGGUUGGACCGCUUAGCCCGGUUGCUGCUUACGCGCUGGAGCAGCUCCCGUGCGGACGCAGCUUUGGGAUCCCCAGGGGUAAACUGAACAAAGACGCGCUUCAAGUGCUUUAGCAUUCUUUCAUUUCGUGUAAAAGACAAUAAGAAGUAUGCACUAAGGAAGUUUGUUAACUUAUUACGUCCCUGUCCUUACACCGUGUGGAAACUUGACUCCGCAACGCUACGCGUUUCUGGUCCGUUAAAUUCACUACGCAGUUAAGCCUUCGAUAUAUG